CCAAGAUAAGUCAAUCAUCAAACCAUGAUGAAGAAGAAGAAACAGAGCAGAUCCCAAUCUUCUACCAAGAAAACUCUUGAACCAUCCCCAGUUUCUUCACCUUUACCUUCACCUAGGCUCCUCUCCAUUUUCCGUUCUAAGUUGGUAAGUGGUAAAGACUUGAAGCAUAUGUUCAGAGGCAUGAAGACCAAAACCACACCCGGACUGUCUUCACAGUCUAGGAUCGUGAGAUGUCCCAAGUGCCACAAGCUUCUCCAAGAACCUAUAGAUGCGACUAUUUACAAAUGCAGUGGAUGCAACUCCAUUCUCCAAGCAAAACGUUGGGACCUGGAAAGUAAUGGUGACUCUAUUCCAGAAGCUCUCCUUUAUUCUCAAAACCGUAGUUUAAGUACCCAGUUAGAAUCUGAAGAAGCUGGUAGUAAAACUCCAAUGAGGAGCACUCACCGGGAGUACAACUGGAGGGCAUCCCAUUCAGAAACUGUUUACAAGCAUGAGACAUCUGAUGUCCACAGAGAAUGGAUGAGAAGGGCUGAUGAGUUCAGUGUGACCGGUGAUUCUGAUGCUUUUGCUUCAGCUAGAAGCUCUCCAGCUUAUAACUCACGCAGCAAUGCCUCUGAGUGGACACAACAUGAGAGGAGAUAUCAGGUUCCUUUCUAUCCAGCUAGUCCUUCCCCUUCUUCUGCGUAUGAGUAUGGCUAUAAUAGUCCCUUUCACGGGUCUCAAGCUUCUGCAUCCGAUAAGUCUUAUUAUCAUCAUCAUCAUCAACCAAACCAAUUCAGGCAAAAUGACAGAGAAGGUUGGUUUCAAGAACCGUCUGCUUCUCGUUUCCCGGGUGAGACAUCUGAUCAGAAGUACUAUCCCUCGUCUUCUCAGUCUCAGCUUCAUGAUCCUCGGUAUCAUAAUCUCUAUGAACCCAGUAGCUCUGUGUACUCUGAGCGUAGUUAUCCAGAAGCUACAGUGCAGCAUCGUUCCCAAUACUCUGAUCAUUCCAAGAGUGGGACAAGUAGAGAGAAGAGCUCUCGGAGGGACAAAAAGAAGGAUGACAAAAAGAGGAAUCAUGUGGUGAAACGCUAUGUACUUCCUUCAGAGGGUGGAGCGCCUUUUGCAACUUGUUCCUACUGCUUAGAACUCCUACAGCUUCCUCAGAUGUCUCUCCAUGGAAAACAUAAGGGAUAUCAAGUGAGAUGUGGCAGUUGUUCCGGUGUACUUAAGUUCUCUGUUCGAGAGAAAGAAGAUACUGUCCUCGAUUCACCUAGUUUUGCUGAGGAGACUGUUAGUAACCAUCAGGAUUCAGCUUCAGAAGGUCAUGAAGAGAUCUAUCCGGAUGAAAGUCAUUUUUCCUGUUCAGACAACGGCUCUGGAGAUAGACUCUGCAAAAGCAACGACGAUGUUAUCUUGAGACGGAAUGUGGAAACGUUUGAAGAUAAUUUGAGUAAAGAAGACACAAGGAGCAUAUCAAGAAAAUUAUCAAAUUCGAAACUGGAGGCGUUGCAGCCUUCUAUGAACCACAACUUAAGGGAACAACUAGUUGAGAGUAUCGGAGACACUUCAAGAAACCAUCUAGAGCAAUCUGAGGAAGCUUGUACAGAGAAGUCGACCAAGAUGGAUAAUAACAUUUCUGAGAGAGUCAGCUGCGAUCUAGAGGAGACUGGAUAUGAGAAGAAUGAAAUUCUUAAUCCAGAAGGUAUGUUUGGAGAUGGAUCAGGUGAGUCCUUAGAAGUUCCAGUAUACAAGAACGAAAGAAUGAGAGAUUCAAGUAUAGAAGCUGAGACAGUUGCAGAUAGACCGGUAUCUCAUAGUGGUGAACCGAACGAACACGUUAGUGAAACACGUGUACUGUCUGAGAAUACUGGAGACGCUCAAGAGUUUGAUUGGGAGGAGACUCAAGAGAACAAAGAAUAUAAAGGUGAAUGUAAAUGGGAGGAUAGCAUGGAAGACAAACUGGGGUUGAUUUUGGAGAAAUCUCGGUAUACUGGUGAUUCAAUCUGUGACAGCAGCUCAAGAAAUGGUGAAGCAUAUGAAGAUACAGCAGUCAAACACAUAUCAGCUGCAACACAGAACGAGAACCAGAGUUUUAUAGGACAUGCUGACCAAUCAGGUGAGGAGGCUACAGUAACAACAUCCAGGAGUCAUGAGGAGAAGUCCAAGUAUGAGUAUGAGAACUUAAGCUUGGAUAAGACCAUUAGUGAGUUAGAGGAAUCAAGAUACGAGACAAAUGAAGCUCUUGAUACUGGCAAGGUGAGCGAAGAUGGAUCUGUUGUUUCUCUCACGAAGGCGAGUGAAACAUUCAAAAGAAGUAUUGAAGCCGAGAAUGUAGAAGAUUCCUACGAAAGACUCGAGUAUGCAGGUGAAAGAACAUGGGCAGAGACUCUGGAAGAUAGAGCGGGGUUACAUUUGGAGGAAUAUGAAAGCAACUACAGCAAACCAUUUAAAUGGACUUCAGAAGAAGCGAUAAAUAAACCAGAAGUGGAUGAUGAUGGAAGAUUGGAAUCGAGUUCAAGGGGUUCCUUAAGUGACCAUGAAAGUUCAGAAGAGAGUAGUGCUGUAUUUCAGGACUCUCAAGAUGCUAAAUCAGAUCAGUCCCAGUCUGAGUAUGAGAUGCCAAGGGAAAGACAAGAGUUGAGUAACACAGUUUUUGACACAGUAAGGUAUGAGAUACAGGAGGAGGAUAGAUACGAGACAAAUGAAACGUUUGAGCCAACCACGAUGGUCGAAGAUGGAUCUGUUGUUUCUCUUGAGAAGACGAGUGAAAUGAGGUCGGUAUCUCAUCACAUGGCUAGUGAAAAGGAGAAUGAGGAGAUCUCUUACGGAACAGUAGAACAAGUUCAUCUGGAAGGAGGCGGGUUGCAGUUGGAGGAAUCUCAUAACAAUCCACAUGAAUGGACUUCAGAAAGAGCUCGUGUGCAUGAGUAUGAGCUAGGGACAUUGUCUGCAUCGGAAGAGGAUGCGAAUGGAAGAUCAUCCAGUUCAACAGAUUCCACCAAUGACCAUGAAAGUUCAGAAGAGAAAGAUGUGGCUCAUGAGGAGCAUUCGCUGAUGGAUGAAAACAAAUUCGAAGAGCUAAUGGUGAAAGAUGGGCCAUCAUUGCACUUGGAGAAGUGUGGAAAUGAUUCAAUGAUAUUAGAAUGGACAGAAAGAGCUCCCACAUUUCCUCUGCAUGAGUCUGAGUCAGGGACAAUGCUUGAACCAGAAGAGCAUGCUGAUGGAAGAUCGGAAUCCAGUUCAACUGGUUCAAAGUUGAGAACUGCCUUCCACGAGGAGGAGGAGGAGGAGGAGGAGAUACCACUACACGAAAUGACAGAAGAUAGGGCAGCAUCGGACUUGAAGAAGGGUGAAAACGGAUCAAUAAACUCGGAAGAGACGUUUGGAUGGACUUCAGAAAGAGCUCCAACGUUUCGUCUGCAUGAGUCUGAGCUAGGGACAAGGCUUGAACCAAACGAGGAUGGUGAGGGACGAUCAGAAUCUAGUUCAAGAGGUUCCUUCAGUGACCAUGAAAGUUCAAAAGAAAGAGAGAUGGACCAUGACGAGGAGCCCAGGCAGGUGACUGACAGCAGAACCAAGGCGCCACAAGAUAAAAUAUCGCUGCACUUGGAGUGUGAAAAUGAAUCAAUGAAACUGGAUGAGACAUUUAAGUGGACUUCAGAGAGAGUUUUAACGUUUCGUCGCCGUGAAUAUGAACUAGGGACAAUGCUUGAACCGGACGAAGAUGCAUCAGAAUGUAGCUUAAGGGGUUCCUUUAAUGACCAUGGAGUUUCGAAGUCUUGGCUGGUGGAUGAUUAUGAAACCAAAGCGAUUAAAGCAGGCCUAAUGGCAGAUAACGAACCAUCUCUACACUUGGAGAAGUGUGAAAAUGAAAAAGUGGUAUUGGACCAGACACUUGAACCAAGGGAUGAUUUAUUCAGGCUGAGUCUUGAUGACACACUUGAGCAAGAGAGGAUAACGUUUCAUUUGGAGAAGUCUCAGGAUAAACAAGUGAAUCUAAGGCAGAGCUUUAAACAACAAGGUGACACUGAAGAGAACAUACCAUCAUCUGAAGGCCAUGAGUCCCCAAGUAAAAUGGCCGAAGAAGAAAGUGAAGCUGAAGAGGAUAUGUUGGGAGUCCAAUUAGAGCAUUUGAAGAUAGAGAAUGAGAAGGCAGGAGUAACAUUGGAACCGUAUCCUCAUUUCUAUAACACAACGGACCCCUCUGAGAUUGUGGGUCUGCGUCUUGCGUUAUAUCAAACCCAAACUUCACCUCUAAGUUCACCAAUGCAUACACCCACUGGUUCACCACUGCAUAUCCUGAUGCGUUCUCCAAUGCAAGCCCACAUAGUCUCCCCAAUGCGUUCUCCCAUCAACUCAUCAGGAUCACUCUCUGAUGUAUUGUUCUUCGGCAAGAAAGCUUGAGGACAGUAAAACAGAGAAUCAUUCCACCACAUACUUCCAAGGCUUUACCUGCGAUGCAAAACAGUGUGUACAUUGAUUCAUUUUUGUUUCCAUGUGACUAGAUUACAUGUAAGAGUUUUCUGAGGGUGUUUUCUAGAAAGCUUUGCUCUUCAUUUGAUACAGGAUUACAAGUUUCAUA